AGUCACGACAGCAAUCAACAUCUGCACAGUACAGCUCAGCAUUGUACAGUGCAGUAUCCUUACGUUACCCAAAUACAUUCGUUGCAUCAACAUCCAUCGCCACCCAUUUACACGACAGUCAAGACCGCCAUACGCCUCCAUCUGCACCCGCCGCCUCCUUUUCUUUUCCGCCGUCCUUUUUUUCUUCUUCUUCUUUUCCUUUGUUGACUUGCGUCCGGAGACACCACGGGAUACACGCGCACCAACGCGUGGUCGUACAUGGUUUUUCGCCGGCCGCUAUCCUCCUCUUCUUAUCUUCUCCGUGUUCUCUUCGCUCCGCUAGUUUGUCUCUCUCUCUCUCUCUCUCUCUCAUCCGUCAUCCAUCAUCCGAAUAACCGCCCACCCUCGAGUUUUCCCCCCUUCCAGUUGUUCCUACGGAUUAUUUCCUGGCACCGUCGAGUCUAUAGCCCACUCGCCCUGUUUUCCAACGUCCGAAAUCCCCCUCCCCAAUCCGGAAGCCCCAAACAAGCAAGCCGAUCCCUCCUCUUAACUGUCCGACGGACCCUGAAAAGUCUGAAAAGGACGCCAAACAGACAGGGGUGGACGAACUCCCAUCAACCCUUGACACCCUAAACCUGAAAGGGCCAAUCUCCAGCAAAUCCCCAAUCGCCCAAACCUCCGUCUCCCCCAAGAGUCCAGGACCCCCAAGGGCGGCCGACUUCCGUGAUUCCCACUGUCGUCGCACUGCAGCCCGGUUUCCCUCUGUGUCUGUACGGAGACCGACCCCGGAGGACGUUCCUCUCUCUAUCCGAGUCUCUCUCUCCCUCCCUCUCGCGUCUCCAGAUCGCCCGCCCCGUCUGCCUCCUUACUGGCCGCCACCCUGCUAUCCACCCCAUUGUCUACCCUGCAGUCGCCCAGCCUUUUGGUGCGAAGCCCGAGACAAUCCCGUCCUGACUCCUACGAGUUUCGGCCGCGCCAGACAGAGUCAGGUCUUGGAAGGGCGGCAUAGCCGUAUAGGAGAAGGAGAGUGAGGGAAAAAAAGGGAGAAGCUUGGACGACAGAUCCCCAGGUUGUUUGUGCUGUAGCCCUGUGUGUCGCUGUCCCCACGAUUGCGUUUCGAUCUCUCCCCCUUUCUCUUCUCUGAUACCGACAGCCUCCCCGUCGACUACCAACUUAAGGCCGAGUUCGACUUCGAUUUCGACUUCGAUACCGAACCCCUUACACAGUUGACAACCUCUUCAAACACUCUUUGACAUGUCUGGACGCAUCUACCACGUCUCCGAAUGGGCUCCGACUCAGGACGCCAUCCACGACGAGCCCGCGUCCGCCUCGGCCAUCCAGGAAGAUGACAUGGACGGACAUGUUAACACCAGACCUUCCUUUCAGCAGCAACGCCGCCUUCGUAGCAUGAGUCUCUCGUUGCCCUGGCGCCGCAAAUCAUGCAUCCUCCAUCUCGACUCCGACCUUCCGAGCCAUCUCGAAGAACUCUCCCUCGAGCGAUCUCGGAGCCACGGCAGCCCCAGCGACGAUAAUGCCUUCAAGCACACACUUGACACACACGCGCCAGGACACGGCAAUGGCAAUGGAAAUGGCAACGGCAACGGCAAUGGCAACGGCAGCAUUAAGGGCAUGUUUCGUCGCGCCUCCAUUUCGCUGAAGGGCAUGGUACACCACCACAAGAGACACUCCAUCGGCGGUGCCCAUGGACUUGGGCUCGGUCUCGACGAUGCCCAUCACCAGAUCCAGCGCCCGGGGACUUCCCACACACACUCGCCCUGGCAUCGUCUCCGUCAAGCCACGAGCUUCCGCCACACCAAAUCCUCUCACGGCCACGAUGCCGCCCAAGGCGAUGCCCCGGCUUCCGAUCCAUUCUUCCCUUGCCUGCCGCUCCCUGGCAACGCCAACGAGCCGCCGGUCAUUCCUUUCCAUACCGGCGGAGCUGCCAAAGCAGCCGCUGCCGCGCAGAACCAGGCACUUCACAACAAGUGGCUCCGUGCCUCAUCAGACGACUUCACCGAUCGUGAGAGCGGUAUUGGCAUCACUGUCACGGGCGGCGACUCGGAUGUCGACUUGGAGGCAGAGGAUGCCAAUAUCAGCCGUAUCGACUUUAUCGCCCAGCUCCCUGUCGAGCUGGCGAUUCAGGUGCUCGCCCAUCUUGACGCAACCGCCCUCGGCACCGCGAGCAGGGUCUCCCGCGAAUGGCAGCAGAUGAUCAAGAACCAGCAUGUCUGGAGGGAGUCUUUCCUACGCGAGAAGACGGGUACCUAUGCGACCAGUCUCCCCGUCCAGCCAGGAACUGGCCAGGGUGUGCCCCCGAUCAACCCCGACGUCAACUGGAAGCACAUCUACAAGGCCAAGGACGAGCUCGACCGGCGUUGGCGGGAGGGCAAGGCAAAGCCCGUAUAUCUGAACGGCCACUUGGACAGUAUUUACUGCCUGCAGUUUGACGAGACCAAGAUCAUCACUGGCUCCCGCGACAAGACGAUCCGGGUCUGGGACAUGCGGACUUUUGAAUGCCGCCUGGUCAUUGGACCGCCCGAGGUCGUCAACGACGUCUCCCUUCUGCUCGACGAGGACGGCAACACAGUUCACUAUGCUACCCUUCCCGACAACCAAAGAGCAAACCCGUCGAUGCCCGCAAUGGUUUCGUUCCCCACACACCAUAAAGCUUCGAUUCUCUGCUUGCAGUACGACGACCGCAUGCUCGUGACGGGCUCGUCUGACUCUAGUUGCAUCGUGUACAAUGUCCGCUCGGGCUACAGACCGAUCCGCCGUCUCCAGCAUCACACCGCCGCUGUGCUGGACCUCGCGUUCGACGAGAAGCACAUCAUCACCUGCAGCAAGGACGUCAGCAUCUGUGUCUGGGACCGCGCCACGGGCACUCUGCUCCGUCAGCUGCGUGGGCACUCGGGCCCUGUCAACGCCGUCCAGAUGCGCGGGAACACCAUAGUGUCGUGCUCCGGCGACUUCCGCGUCAAGCUUUGGAACAUCGACACGGGCAAGAACAUCAGGGAGUUCCAGGGCCACACCAAAGGCCUGGCGUGCUCCCAGUUCUCAGAAGACGGCCGCUACGUCGCCUCGGCGGGCAACGACAAGGUCAUUCGCAUCUGGGAUGCCAACACGGGCGAGUGCCUCCGCGAGAUGAAGGCCCAUGACAACCUUGUGCGCAGCCUGCACAUCGACUCGGUCAGCGGCCGUCUUGUCAGCGGCAGUUACGACACAGACAUCAAGGUGUUCGACAUGGAGACGGGUCGGCAAUUGCUCGACUUCCCGCGAUGGCAUGCUAGCUGGGUGCUCAGCGCGAAGAGUGACUACCGGCGGAUCGUCAGCACAGGUCAAGAUCCCAAGAUCCUCAUCAUGGACUUUGGCGCCGACGUGCCGGGCAUCGAGGCCCUGGAGAGCGGCGGUGUCUGUGAGAUCGAGGGCGGAUACAUCUGAAUUCUCAUGAAAAACGCAUCACACCAUACACACAAACCUACGUAAUACACUAAUGCUGAGAGCGGCACGGCUGGUCCGCCCUAAUUCACGAGUUUCAUUCAUGACGACUUGGGGGGAGGUAGCGAGUUGAUUGGGAAGAAGUAGACUUUACAGAAGGUCAAGCACGAGGAUGUAGGCGUCUGGAAACAACAGACUCAAAAGGCGUAUCGGACAAGGAUGGAGACUUUCCAUCCAUUUGCAUUGGGGUGACAGGCUUUCUUUCUAUAUGGGCUUUGGUUUGGCUUCUUUUCCUCUGGUUCGGGUUCCAUUCUUCAUGGGCCAAACCUCUUCUUUUUUGCAUGGCAUCCCAGGCUAUGUUGAUAGACGGCUACUGGAUAGAAGCAUAAUAGAUUUGUUUCGCCA